CCUCCUGGCUCCGUACCCAUGGCGGCCUUCGAGCAGAUGCGGGCAAGCGUGGGGAAGCUGCUGAAAGGCAUCGACAGAUACAAUCCGGAAAAUCUUGUCACUCUACAGCACUAUGUGGAAACCCAGGCCAAGGAGAAUGCCUAUGACCUAGAGGCCAAUCUGGCUGUGCUCAAACUGUAUCAGUUUAACCCUAACUUAUUCCAAGUCUCGGUGACUGCCCAGAUUCUCCUCAAAGCGCUGACCAACUUGCCCCACACAGACUUCACCCUGUGCAAGUGCAUGAUUGACCAGGCUCACCAAGAGGAGAGCCCGAUCCGUCAGAUCUUAUACUUGGGUGAACUGUUGGAGAACUGUCAUUUUCAGGCCUUCUGGCAAGCUCUGGAUAAGAAUAUGAAACUCCUGGAUGGGAUUGUUGGAUUUGAAGAUUCUGUUAGGAAAUUCAUUUGUCAUGUAGUUGGAAUCACAUACCAGCACAUUGACCGCUGGCUUCUUGCCAAAAUGUUGGGUGAUCUAACAGAUAAUCAGCUGAAGUCUUGGAUGAGCAAAUACGGCUGGACAGAAACGGAGCCUGGGACGAUAUUCAUCUGCAACCAGGAAGAGAGUAUCAAGCCUAAAAACAUUGUGGAGAAAAUAGACUUUGACAGUGUUUCCAGUAUCAUGGCUUCUUCCCAGUGACGCCACAGCGCUCUCCUUAUUCACCGUACUAAUUCUAAUCCCUUUUUAAGAGCGUGGCCAAUAAACAGCUCUCUGACUCACCAAUAGCCUA